UCCACGACAUGCCGUUUUAAAACGAGGUUUCCCUUUUUUGGGCCGCUUUUUGUUAAUAUUAGUAUUUAGUUAACAACUAUAAAAAAAAAGGCCUGUUCUUUCGUAAAAAAAUAGAAAUUUCAAUUGGGAUAAGAAUUGCCUUUUUAAAAAAGCUUCGCUUUGCUGACAGUAUUUUUCUAAAGCUCUUCUUUUAAUUUUAAAGCCAUACGGCCUUCUGUUUCUGUGCUCUGUGAUUAAAGCAACUUCUGAAAGGAAAAAAUGGAAAGAAAAGGAACAUUCAAAGUUGAUUACUUGAGAUCGAUUGAAAAAGAUGUCCAAGAAAAGUGGAACGCCAUGAAAUUAUAUGAAGUGGAUGCUCCUCCUGAAGGAGUAAAUAGAGAAAAAUAUUUUGUUACUUUCCCUUUUCCUUAUAUGAACGGAAAACUGCAUUUAGGCCAUACAUUUUCACUUUCAAAAUGUGAGUUCGCUGUGAGGUACCAACGCCUCAAAGGGAAACUAUGCUUGUUCCCAUUUGGUUUUCAUGCAACUGGCAUGCCCAUCAAGGCUUGCGCUGACAAACUAAAAAGAGAGAUGGAAGAUUACGGAUACCCUCCAAAAUUUCCCGAGGAGAGUGUAGUUGUUGAACAGCAGGUAGAUUCGGGGCCACUAGGUAAAGCGAAAAGUAAAAAGAGUAAGGCUUUGGCAAAAACAGGCGCUCACAAAUAUCAAUGGAAUAUAAUGAAGUCGAUCGGGUUAAACGACCAGGAAAUCAAAAAGUUCUGUGAUGCCGAAUAUUGGUUAGAAUAUUUUCCACCUUUGGCGAAACAAGAUCUUAUGAACAUCGGGUUACAUGUUGAUUGGAGAAGAACUUUUAUAACGACAGAUGUCAAUAAGUAUUUCGACAGCUUUGUUCAGUGGCAGUUCAGACUGUUGAAAAAACUAGGUAAAGUUAAAUUUGGAGAACGUUACACCAUUUACUCUCCAAGGGAUGGUCAAGCAUGUAUGGAUCACGAUAGAGCAAAUGGGGAAGGUGUAGGACCACAAGAAUACACUCUGAUUAAAUUGGAACUUGAUUCUUCAUCAGUUCCAAAGUCAAUCAAAAAUUUUGUUACCAAACAAGUAUACCUUGUGGCUGCAACUUUAAGACCAGAAACUAUGUACGGCCAGACAAACUGUUGGAUCCAUCCUGAUAUUGAAUAUAUAUGCUUUGAAACGGCAUUCGAUGACUUCUACAUUUGUACACUUCGAGCUGCUACAAAUAUGUCAUUUCAAGGCUUUACUAAAACUCAAGGAUCUAUUCCUAAUUACGUGACUGUAAAAGGUUCAGAAUUGGUAGGAGCAGAGGUUAGAGCACCACUUUCACAGUAUAAAAGUGUAUUUGUUUUACCUAUGAUGACUAUUAAACCAGACAAGGGUACAGGUAUCGUUACAAGUGUUCCUUCUGAUUCGCCCGAUGAUUAUAUCAACCUUGAGGAACUAAGAAAUAAUACUAAGUUGAGGGCAACUUACAAGUUACAAGAUAGUAUGGUUAUGCCCUUUAAUGCUGUGUCAAUCAUCGAUGUACCUGUGUUAGGAAAGCUUUGUGCUGUUACAGCGUGUGAACAGUUCAAAGUGAAAUCACCUAACGAUUCCAAAAAAUUAGAGGAAGCUAAGGAAUUGGCCUACCAGAAAGGAUUUUAUGACGGUAUUAUGCUUGUUGGUGAGUUUGCUGGUAAAAAGAUUCAGGAUGUUAAAAAAUUGGUUAAAUCAAAACUUAUCUCGCUCAACCAGGCGAAAGUGUAUUAUGAGCCUGAAAAAGAGGUCGUUUCACGAUCCGGCGAACAGUGUGUUGUAGCUUUAUGUAAUCAGUGGUAUUUGGAUUAUGGUGAAGAAAGCUGGAAAGUCAAAACUAAGGAAUGUCUGUCUAAACUGAACACGUACCAUGAUGAAGUCAGAAAAAACUUCGAAUUCUGUUUAGACUGGCUUCAUGAAUACGCAUGCUCAAGAAAAUAUGGAUUAGGAAGUCGACUGCCCUGGGAUAACGAAUGGUUAAUAGAAUCAUUGUCUGAUUCGACCAUUUACAUGGCGUACUAUACUAUAGCACAUUUUUUGCAAGAUGGCUUAUUUAAAGGGCCAAUCACAAGUAUAUCUGGAAUAAGCCCAAAGGACAUGCUUGAUACUGUUUGGGAUUACAUCUUUCUUGACAAACCUCUUCCAAAUAAAACGACGAUUGAUGUCAAAGUCCUUCAAGCAAUGAAAAGAGAGUUUACAUAUUGGUACCCAGUAGACCUGAGAUGCUCUGGGAAAGAUUUGAUUCAAAAUCAUCUCACAUUUUUCAUGUACAAUCAUUGUGCUGUGUGGAAUGAAAGACCUGACUUGUGGCCACAAUCGAUUCGUGCCAAUGGGCAUCUUUUACUCAAUUCAGCAAAGAUGUCUAAAUCAGAAGGAAACUUUUUAACCCUUGCCGAAGCUGUGGAAAAAUACGGAGCCGAUGGAAUGAGACUGGCUUUAGCCGAUGCUGGAGAUUCUAUAGAGGACGCAAAUUUUGUUAGCUCUGUUGCAGAUUCAGGAAUCCUGAGACUUUAUACUUUUAUCGAAUGGGUGAAGGAGAUGAUAGAUGAAAAAAAUUCUAUGAGAGAAGGGAAACCAAACACAUACACCUUCCAUGACAAAGCAUUUCUAAGUGAAAUGAAUUUGAAGAUAAACGAAACCGACAGCAAUUAUUCGAAACUGUUAUUCAAAGAGGCUCUGAAGACUGGUUUCUUCGAGUUUCAAGCAGUGAGAGAUAAGUACAGAGAGAUGACCGCCUUUGAAGGGAUGCACGGUGAACUGGUGAUGCAGUUCAUUAAAAAUCAGGCUAUUAUAUUAGCUCCAAUUUGCCCACAUGUAGCUGAAUAUGUAUAUAGCACUUUGUUGAAUGAGCCUUCAAGCGUUGUAGAUGCUCCUUGGCCAACUAAUUUGUCUGUUGAUUAUGAUGUUAUUCGCCAUUCACAGUAUAUCAUGGAUGCUGCCCAUACAUUCAGGCUGCAAUUAAAGACGUAUAUAAACCAGAUGAAUAAAGGCAAAUCAUCCCAAACGAGUAAGCCUUACAAGGCUAACAUAUGGGUUGCAUCCCAAUUUCCACUGUGGCAGCAAGUCAUCAUUGACUACCUUCAACAAAUAUUUGACGAUACAAAAUCGCUUCCUAACAAUCGAGAAAUAGCUGCACAAUUAUGUUCGAAGCCGGAGUUGAAAUCUUACGCGAAAAGAGUCAUGCCGUUUGCACAAAUGCUCAGAGAAAAAAUUGAAAAAGAUGGAAUUUCUGUACUUAACACUCAUAAAUUUGUGGAUGAAAUGGUUAUAUUACGCAUGAAUGAACAAUAUCUGAAGACAACCCUUGGGGUUGAUGAACUUUCUGUACAUUCAACUUCAGAGGCAGGUGUUCCUGAAAAAAUUCUCAAUGAUACAAGUCCUGGUUGUCCCUACAUUACCUUUGAAACAGGUGCUGAAAUAAAUUUAACUCUAAUCAACCCACAGCCACUGAGUGGUUGUAUUAAACAAAACAUUAUUAUUAGACAUGAUAUGACUUACCAUGAUCUCAGAGAAGCUCUCGAAUGUGAUAAGAGCUUAGAUAUUGACUUUUGGAGGUGGACUGACCCUCUAAAAGGUCCUCGAGAAAUACCAGUUUCAGAUGUCACUAAAGGAAAAACACUAAUACCAAGAGAUUCUGUCAUCACGAUUGAUCAAUCGAACAAAAGCUUUAACCUACUUUCAGGGGGUAACGUUUCUCCUCUUGGCAGGGUCAUAUGCUACAUUGUUAACAACCUCGAUGCGUAAAAAUAAAUAAUUUAAAUACAUAUUUUGUACUUCAUAUCCUAUAACAAGUUUAUUUUGUACAAUUGUCAUGAAGGACUGAAACUAUUGUAUAAUGAUUUGAUAAAUACAGCAAUUUUGUCAAUCCCAA